AUGUUGCGACACGACUUCAACCGGAUCGACCCCAAGAGGCGCAAUGUCGUCGACCACCGCAAGAAACAGUUUGCUUCCCCUGUCUACAAGGAACUUGAAUACCCCCACAGACUCAACUUUUACACCGACGCGCCUACGGCCGACAUUACCCUCGAGCAAUUCGAACAAUGGGCCAUUGACCGGCUAAGGGAUCCUCAACCAGUCCUUGCCGAGUUGGAGGCCUGCGCGUUCCGCAACAAAUCCCCCCAAGAAGUCGCGAACCAUAUGAAGCCGAUUCUUGACAAGUACCUCCCGCUCGAGUCCAACACCUCGCACUCACCGAAGCUCUUCGCCCAGCGUCAAAAGGAUCACUACAGCCACUUUAUUCUGCGCCUAGCCUUUGCCCGAACCGAGGACCUCCGCCGCCGCUUCACUCGCGUGGAGACAAUGCUUUUCCGCUUGCGAUUCAACAGCGACGAUAUGAGCGAGCGGGCCGCCUUUGUCGGUAGCCUGGAUCUCGACUGGUGGGAAGCUGUUACGGAUGACGAGAAGCGUGAGUACUCGUCCGAGCUGGCGGCCAUGUCGCGCGGUUGGGGCAAGACGGCCGCGACAGAAGACGACACAUGGUUCAAGGUUGACUGGGCCCGGGUACCGGAGCUGGUCGAGCAGCGCAAGGUGUUCUUGAAGGCAGGCAAGGCUUUCGUACCAGGGAGAGAACAGGCCAGUAUGGUGAACGGAGAGUUCGUUUCGCGGUUGGAGAGACAACUAGAGCUUACCGCACGCGCUCUUCCCCGACUCGACGAAGACGACCGUCUGACCCCGAUCCUCGACCACCUCUCCAAGAACUUCAUCACACCAGACAGCUCAUACAGCUCAAAUACCGGCGCCCCGCCCGGCGCCGAGAUCACCGCCCGCAACAUUGACAACCUCUCACAACACUUCCCCGCCUGCAUGUCGCACCUCCACCGCUCGCUGCGCCGGGAUGCUCACCUCAAGCACUUUGGCCGCCUGCAAUACUCUCUUUUCCUCAAGGGCAUCGGCCUGAACCUCGAAGAGUGCCUCGUCUUCUGGCGGCAGAGCUUCCGCAACAUCACAGACGACACAUUCAACAAGGAGUAUCGCUACAACGUGCGCCACGUGUACGGCGACGUCGGCGGCGACACAAACCGUCGCGGCGGUGGCUACAGCCCGUUCAGCUGUCAGAAGAUCCUGACCGAGCACCCGCCCGGCUCGGGCGAGGCCCACGGCUGCCCCUACCGUCACUUCAACCUGGAGAACCUGACCACGUUGAUGCAAGGCAUGGGUGUGAGCGACCGAGCCACAUUGCAGGGCGUCAAGGAGGAUAAGGAGAACCAAAAGUUCCAUAUGGCGUGUAAUCGUGUAUUCGAGCACUUGCACAAGCAGGAACUUAAAAAGGCAAAGGAUGAGGGCGUGUUCACGUCUGCACAACUCGAGACAAUCGUCCAUCCCAACGAGUACUUUAAGCGCAGCUACCUCUUAAAGAACCUCGACAAGGCGACAGAUGUCAAGAUGGAGGGGUGA